CCACAACGACAAUGUAUCGAAAAUGUUGACUUUUCGUAGGAAUUUCAUGUCCAGUAAAAUUUUCCCUAGAAAAAGAAAUAAACGGAAACUUUUGAAUGGAAAGCGAAUUAUCUAGACUCGCCAGUUUCUUCUCUUUUCCUUUCAAUUCCCCUGUUUCCCCGACAGAUUUAGUCAAAGCAGGUUUUUAUUAUGAAGGAAAUAGAGAUGAGGUGAUUUGUUACCGAUGUUCGUUGAAACACCAAGGCUGGAAAAAGGGAGACAUCCCGUAUUUGAUACAUUCAUCUAAAUCACUCACGUGUCCCCUUGUCGUAGGUAACGAACCCGACGAACCUCUCAUCGGGAAAGGACAAAAUAGUUUUAUCCAUCAAUUUGAAUCACUUUCGAUCACACCAUCACCAGGAGCCACUGGUGGUCCGGAAGACACACAAAACCAAAAUGGACAUAACAAUUUACAGCGAACUACACGUAAUACAGUCCCUGGUGUCACCUCCAACAAGACCAAUGACAUCAAACUUCCAGUUGCUGAUUCUGACCUACUUGUUCAAAGUAGGACUCCUGUUGCUGGUACUGAUGACAUUACCACAGACUUAGAAAUAGUUGUACCAAAUGAUAAAACCAUAGGGAUUAGAAACGAAAUCACCCAAGAUGCGACAUGCGACGUACCCGAACAGACCAACGACAACCUUCACGAAGACAGAUGUGCAUCUGGGUUACCAGGUUGUCAACAGGAGGAAUCUUUGAUCGUAGAACCAUCCACACAGUCCAAUGCGGUACAAGGUCAUGAACGGGAGAAAUCCCUAUUAACAGAACCAUCCAGGUUACCUGAAGAAGUACAAGAUUAUGAUAGGGAGGAAUCUUUGACUAUGGAACCAUUAGGAGUCACAGAUCCACGGCCAAAGUAUCCUCAGUUCGCUGUUUUAGCUACUCGCCUUGCAACAUAUGUAAAAUGGCCUAGUCAUUUGAACCAGCGUCCGGAGCAACUAGCAAAUAGUGGAUUAUUCUACGAAGGUAAUCAUGACUAUGUGCGAUGCUUCUAUUGUGCUGGAGGUUUAAGAGAAUGGGAGCCACAUGAUGUCCCAAGCAUCGAACAUGCUCGUUGGUUUCCUUUGUGCACGUUUAUGCGUCAGCUUAAGGGUGACAGAUUUAUUAUGGAUGUCCAGUCUGGAAAGAUAACAUCUGAGUUACAGAGUGCCUGCACAGUGUCGAGUGUACCAAGAGAUGAUGGUAUGGACAAUCCAGCUGUUAUUAGUAUUAUGGAAAUGGGAUACACGAAGAGGAUGGUGAGCAAGGCGGUAUCUACUCUGAGGAAACAAAAAGACAUACCCCUGACAGCCACGAACCUAUUACAAGUUGUGUGGGACCUAGAGGAAAGCGGCCAAUCUCCUGAUGAGGAAGAAGAUGAGGAAUUUCACACAGAAAACACAAUCCAUCAGACAACACAUAACAACAGCACCAUGGAUACCCACAAAUCAGAACCUGUCCAAGAUCUGGAAGCACUCGAAAAUGAGAACCGGGAACUUCGUGAACAGAAAACAUGUAAAGUGUGUCUUGACGAGGAGGCAAUUAUCGUGUUCCUGCCAUGUGGACAUUUAGUCACGUGUCCCAUGUGUGCUUCGGCCCUGCGGAAGUGUCCAGUUUGUCGAACCUACAUUAGAGGCACGGUCAAGGCUAUUAUAUCAUAGAAAGAAUAUUUUUAUACUGUUAAAAACCAAUAGGUCAACGAAAUUACGUAUUUGCUUCGGUUUAUUUUUACUCGGUUGGUAGUGUUAUUUACAUUUCUAUAACUUUGAUACCAUAUCACAAACGUAAUGACUUUGGUUAUAAACCAGGCCAUGUUUGUGAUACGAUUACUUAUCUCAUGAAUAUUUUCAGUAAAUCAAUUUUUACGACUUAACCCUAUUAUUGAUAACGAAUUUUCACCGAAGAAGUUCUACUUUACUUAAGAUCUAUUGAGAUAAUUAGUACAUAU